UUAUUGUAGUGACGGGCGGAAAUCAUGGAGUCUGUCUUGUACACAUGGAUGUAACUAGAAAGAUUUUGAUGUAACUCUGACAGUUGUAGAUUUAACUGGAGGAUUUCACAAGUUUUAAAAACUGUGAAUUCAGGUCUGUCUAUUUUCAACACGGAUCCAUUGAAAGGAAACUGAGCAUGUCUAUGUUUGGCGGACUGUUGAGGAGCGGUUUGACCUUCUGUCAAUCAUCACUGCUGCUGUGCACGAGACACUUCAGUACAGGCACUUGUGCUAGAGUACGAAUGCAUGCUAUUCCUAAACUAAAGGAGGUGGACCGAUGGACGGAGAAGAGGAGCAUGUUUGGAGUCUAUGACAACAUUGGAAUCUUGGGUGAUUUUAAAGCCCACCCAAAGGACUUGAUCAAAGGCCCUGUAUGGCUCAAGGGUUUCAAAGGAAAUGAAUUUCAGCGUCUCAUCAGAAAGAAGCGGAUGGUAGGAGACCGUAUGAUGACAGAGGACAGACACAACCUGGAGAAGAGGAUCAGCUUCCUGUACCGCCGCUUCAACAGAUACGGCAAACACAGAUAGACUCGCAACGACCACAAUCUUUUAUAUGUUUCCCU